AUGGAGGGUCAUGUGGAAAAGAUCAUACUUCAUAGGCUUAGCAUGCCAGAGAAAGUGCUGCUGAACCUUCUUCACCCCAAGCUGCAUUUCCAGAUAUUUUCCUCAGUUAUUAAAAGGAGUAUGUUCUUUAAGUUCGGAAUGUCUUUCUCUGCAACUAACACCGAGAAGCCUCCCCAAUCCAACACACCAAAAAACGGUGGUACAAAGUUGUCAGAUAUAAUCACAGGAACACACUCAUAA